AUGUUGUUUGAAGGGAGAAUUGUAGAGAGAUGCGAUUGGGAUGAUACUGUUGGGGUGCUCUGUCCCGUCCUCCCUACCAGUGCAGGAGAAACAAUGAGGAUUGCCUCUUCGGAGUUUGCUGAUGACCCAUGCUCCUCAGUGAAACGGGGCACCAUGGUGCGGGCUGCUCGUGCCUUGCUUUCUGCUGUCACUCGCUUACUCAUCCUGGCUGAUAUGGCUGAUGUCAUGAGGCUUCUAUCGCAUCUGAAAAUCGUAGAGGAAGCACUAGAAGCAGUGAAAAAUGCAACAAAUGAGCAAGAUUUGGCAAAUCGCUUUAAAGAAUUUGGAAAAGAGAUGGUAAAACUGAACUAUGUAGCUGCUAGACGGCAACAGGAACUGAAAGAUCCUCACUGCAGGGACGAAAUGGCUGCAGCUCGAGGUGCUCUGAAGAAGAACGCCACCAUGCUGUACACUGCAUCCCAAGCGUUCCUCCGUCACCCUGACGUUGCAGCCACCAGGGCCAACAGAGACUAUGUCUUCAAGCAAGUACAAGAAGCAAUUGCUGGCAUCUCCAAUGCUGCCCAGGCCACCUCACCCACCGAUGAGAACAAGGGGCACACUGGCAUUGGAGAGCUUGCUGCUGCGCUAAAUGAAUUUGAUAACAAAAUUAUUUUAGACCCAAUGACUUUCAGCGAGGCCCGCUUCAGACCAUCUCUUGAAGAAAGGCUGGAGAGCAUCAUCAGCGGGGCAGCGCUGAUGGCAGACUCUUCGUGCACGCGAGACGACCGCCGGGAGCGAAUCGUAGCCGAGUGCAAUGCCGUGCGCCAGGCCCUGCAGGACCUGCUCAGCGAGUAUAUGAAUAAC